AUGUCUGCUGUGGCUUGGCCUGAGCUUCUCAACUCAUCAAGUCGCACUGCAAGUCACAGUGAAGAGGGCAACAGAUUUGCUGCAAAUGAAGAUGUUGAGCAAUUAAAAAGUUUGCUUCAAUUAGGCAGCAACAGCAACACUGUCACCAGCUCAGUGGGGAAGCCGCCACGCAGCCUGCGCUUUCAUUUGCAUUUAAUUGUUGUGAUUAUCUUGGCCUGCUGCACACGCUGGCUCUAUGGAUUGCCUGAUGGACGCGCCACUUGUCGUUCGGUGCCUGGUCUGACCAAAGAUCAGCUGGAGUUGUGCUACAAAGCCAGUGAUGUGACUGCCGCCGCCUUGGAGGGUCUGGACAUGGCCAUACGCGAGUGCCAGAUACAGUUUCAAUGGCAUCGCUGGAAUUGCUCGUCGCUCAGCACAAAGAGUCGCAAUCCGCAUGCCUCCAAUCUGCUCAAGAAAGGCUACCGUGAGAGCGCCUUUGCCUUCGCCAUAUCGGCGGCUGGCGUGGCCCACAGCGUAGCGCGCGCCUGCAGCCAAGGUCGUUUGAUGUCCUGCGGCUGUGAUCCGACCAUCAAUCGCAAGACGCUGAACAAGAAUUUGCGCCAAUCACUGGACAAGGAGAAGAAACAAUUUCUGCAGUAUCUGGAGACAAACCAAAUACUGACGCCCGAGGAGGAGAAGAAGUACGAGCGCUCCAAAAUAGCAAGUCGCUGGAAAUGGGGCGGCUGUUCGCACAACAUGGACUUUGGUGUCGAGUACUCGAAAUUGUUUUUGGACUGUCGCGAAAAGGCCGGCGAUAUACAGUCGAAAAUCAAUUUGCAUAACAAUCAUGCGGGACGUGUGGCCGUCUCGAACAAUAUGGAGUUCCGCUGCAAGUGCCACGGCAUGUCGGGCAGCUGUCAGCUGAAGACCUGUUGGAAAUCGGCGCCCGACUUUCACACCGUCGGCAAGGUGUUGAAGCAUCAGUUCCGCAAGGCUAUACUGGUGGAUCAAUCGAAUCUGGGCAAUGGGGAGCCAGUUGUGGUGCUGAAGCGGGCGCGCAAUAAGAAAUCGAAUGGAGGCAGUGGCGGCUCCAAUUCCGAUGAUGUGGACAUCAUCGAUAUGGGUGGCGGUGUGGGCGCAUUGGCUGGCGAUGCCAUGCGCGAUUUGGAUUUGGAACGAACGCGCAAUCGAAAGCCCAGUUCGGAUAAAAAUGCGGCGCGUCUGGCGCGCAAAUUGGAGACAUCGCUCUUCUACUACCAGCGCUCGCCAAAUUUUUGUGAGCGCGAUCUGGUCGCCGAUAUACAGGGAACUGUCGGUCGAAAGUGCAAUCGCAAUACCACCACCAGCGAUGGCUGCUCCUCCCUCUGCUGUGGGCGUGGCCAUAGCCAAGUGAAGGAGCGUCGAGCCGAACGUUGUCGUUGUAAAUUUCGAUGGUGCUGCAGUGUGGAGUGCGAGGAAUGCCACGUCGAGGAAUGGAUUAAUGUUUGCAACUGA